UCUGCUGAACUACAGGUCAGAGCUCAUGUGGGAUGUUUGGAUGGUUCCCCCUGCUGCAGCAGAUCAUUCCUGUCCACAGCUGAUCCACCAUGGACACAUCUCUCUUCAAAGACCUCCUCGUAGGACAUUUAAUGCCAGAAAAAUGCUAUAAUGAGCUUUUUGUCCAAGUUCGUUUUCACGCUCCCUGCCUCAGGUUUGUGCUAAACAAAAUUGUCGGAUUUUGGAUCAUAUUGGAUACAUUUCUGGCGCUGCUCCCUCAGCUGCUGAAGAUUGCAUGGAGUGGAAGCGCAGAGGGCCUCAGCCUGACCUCCUUCCUGCUGCAGCUCUAUGCUUUAUCAUGUCCGGUCAUUUACGCCACAGCCAGCAACUUCCCGUUUUUUGCCUGGGCUGAGAGGCUCUUCACGUUGGCUCAGUCAGCAACCAUCAUCUUCCUCAUCCUGCAUUAUCGGGGUCAAUCACUUAAAGGCGUGCUGGUGCUCCUGGGUUAUGGAGGUGUAAUGCUCCUCCUUGGCUUGUACGCCGCUGCAGCUGUCGGCAAAGUCAUACACACAUCCACCAUUCCAGCUCUCAUUUUAAGCAAGGUUGUUCAAACUACAGCAAACCACCAUAAUGGCCACACCGGUCAGCUGUCCAUCCUGUCAUUGUUACUGUCAUGCCUCGGCUCUCUUGGUGCUGUUAUUGUGUCUGUGCAGGAAAGCGGAGGAUCCUUUACUACUGUGUCUCUGGGAUUGUCUUCAUGUCUUAGCAUCGUCCUAAUGGCCCAGGUCCUCUACGGCACAAGGGUUGCUGUCUCUAAGAAGAUGGAAUAGCUCUGAAAGGACAGCAAGUGUCUGUGUGCAGUGAUCCUGAGCAGAUGUUUGUGCUGUAUGUGGAUGUUUACAGUGUUUUGAUAGUCAUUAUGAACCAGCGUCUGUCUUUAGAACAAACUCUGCUUCCUAAAUUAAAGCUUUUCUGCUGGUUUUAAAUAUCAGAGGCCCGUUUCACAAAGCAUAUACAAACUUAGACUCAAAUCCUUAAAUGUGAAUUGAUUGAGCCUAAGGUUGGAAGCUCUGAGAUUUCAGUUUCACAGCAGCUUUUUGAUUUAGUUUAAUCAACUUUGAGUAGGUCCACUCAGAGUCGAGCACGUGCAUAACAAGUCAUUAAAGGUGUGGCCCCAAUUUAAUGAGUCACCAUGACAACAGGUAAGAGGAAGUGCCCAUAUUGCAUAGAGAUUUGAAUGCAGAAAUGGAAAAAAGAGAAUGUGUUUAAAAGACAGAGCAACAGUGCUAGAGCUGCAAAGGAGAGGGAGAUGAUGUAGAAGAUUGCUGUACAAGUUAAUCCACAGCUUUAUAUAGUCUACUAUGACAGUUUUUUUUAACAUUUAUUAAAAGUACUUUCCUCUAUUUUGUUCCACUUAUAGAUCACUAAAAUAAGAUUAUUACUGUUCAAAAUCACAUUCAUAGACUGAACUGUAAUAAUAGAUUUUCUAAAUUGCAUUUUGCAGCAGAAACUGAAUUUCAGAAUGUAAAACUAAUUAUACUAGUAAGAAUUAAGUUCAAUGUACUUAGAAAUGUUUACACAUUUUAAGUGGUUUUGUACAUUAAUCAGCAUGACUGAAUAUGUAUUUAUAUCUAAAAUCCAUAUCUUCUUCAUUAAAAUAAUACAAAUUAUGACGAGUAACACUUUGAUAAGUGGUGAAUGGUAAUGUAUCAAUGUAGUAUAUUUCAAAGCAAUCCCACCCGGGAGAGGUGCACCUGUCAGCGGGUGAAGGAAAAAUGUUCAAACAGGUAGAACCUCUGUAUCAUGUCCUGGGUUAAUUACCUAAUUACUUAGCUUCUGUAUCACUUACACAGUCAUCUGUUCAGAUGUGAUCAACCAUUAAAUGGCUGUUAUUACAGGUUAUCAGUCCCAUAGAAUAUCUUAAGAUUGCGCCUUCUCUACCUUCUAAUAGAUAGCUGAUAAUAUGCUGAUUACAGCUGCUUCAGCCACGUCUAAAACCACGAGUUUCACUUUCUAAUUACCUACUUUAUACUUGUAUCUACUUUAUUUGCAGCCUAUCUUCUUAAAAACAACUAUGUCUUAAAACCUGCUUCGAAAGAAUUCCACAUGUUUCAGUCACACAGAUUUAAUGCAGUGAUUAAAAACAACUCAGUUAACAUGAUAAGAGAUUUUUUUGGGAGAGGUUGUUCGAUGUGAUUCUGAGAUUAAAGUCAGAAUUCUGACUUUUCUCCCAGAAUUCUGACUUUUUUCUCAGAUUUCUGACUCUAAUCUCAGAAUUCUGAAUU